AUGUCGGCGACCGAGAGCACCUCGCAGCGGAUCACGCUCUACGACAUUGCGCAGCGGCCCCCGGUGGAGAAGUCGUGCUGCGCGCCGAACCCGUGGAAAGCCCGGUUCGCGCUCAACUUCAAGCGUCUGCCGUACUCGACGACCUGGGUCGGCAUGUUGGACAUUGGCCGCGUGCGGCGGUCCCUCGGCGCGUCAGCGUGCCGCAAGUUCGCUGACGGCGGCGACUUCUACACCCUACCGAUCGUGCGGGACCCUUCCACCGGCGCCGUCCUCGGCGACUCCUUCGACAUCGCCGCGUACUUGGAGGAGACGUAUCCCGGCGCCGGUGGCGGGAGCUUGUUUCCGGAGCUGCCGGCGCUGGACGGGUUCGCGUUCGCGCCGACGGUGGACUUCCCGACGCUGCUGACGCUGCCGCGGGACGGGCGGCACCCGCGCUUCGGGCGGUUCAACCUUGCGGUGGACACGCUGUUCACGACGUUUGCGGCGCUCGCGGCGGGAGGGAUGCCGCUGGACCCGGCGACGGCGGACAAGGUCAAGGCGGAGUUUGCGCGGCGGGCGGGCGCGGAGCCCGGCGGGGAGGACUUUAAGUUGGAGGGCGAGGCGCGGCGGGCGACGCUGGAGGGUUUCGAGGCGGCGCUGGGAGGGCUGGCUGGGCUGUUCGAAGGAGUGGGGGGGAGCCCGUUUGUGUUGGGGAAGCAGGUCAGCUACGCGGACUUUAUCGUCGGCGCCUGGUUGAGGAUGUACUGCGUCACAUUGUCGCGGGAGGAGUGGGAGAGGCUGAGGGGGUGGCAUGGUGGUGUGUUUGGGCGCCUACAUGAUGCGCUGGAUGCGUAUGCCCAGAUUCAGUAG